UCAAGUUGGAUAUAUAGAGUUUGCAGAAUAAUUACAAUGGACUCGGACGAUGAAAUCCCAUCAUUGGUGACAGCUACUACAUUGGAUCCGGUGCCUGUGACAAUAAUAACUGGUUACUUAGGGUCUGGCAAGACAACUCUUUUAAAUUAUAUACUUACAGAACAACACAAUAAAAAAAUCGCUGUCAUAUUGAACGAAUUUGGCGAAGGUGACACUAUGGAAAAAUCAAUUGCUGUUGGUGAAAAGGGAAAUCUUUGUGAAGAAUGGCUUGAACUACAAAAUGGCUGCUUAUGUUGUUCCGUCAAAGAUAAUGGUGUGAAAGCAAUCGAAAACCUCAUGUCCAAACGUGGAAAAUUUGAUUAUAUAUUGUUAGAAACUACAGGAUUAGCUGAUCCUGGACCUAUUGCAAAAUUAUUUUGGAUUGAUACUGAACUGGGAAGUGAUGUUCAUUUAGAUGGAAUAGUCUGUGUCAUUGAUAGCAAAAACGCAAAUAAACAUCUUGGCAACAGUUUACUUGAGGAACCUAACGUGGAUAUUGUAAACCCUUCAACAAGACAAAUUGCAUUAGCUGAUAUUAUACUCAUCAAUAAAGUCGACUUGGUCGACAGAAGUACGUUGGAAACGUUAAAAAUCAAGAUUAGAUCGAUAAAUGGAAGUUCUGAAAUUAUCGAGACAACAAAUAGCAGAAUUGACUUGAAUAAAAUUCUUGAUUUGAAAUCCUACUCUUCGUCUAACAGCUUAAGGGUCGACGAAAUGAUUAGAAACGUGGAAAGUUUGGAAGGAAAAACUCAUAUACACCAAAACGUGGCUACUGUCACACUUGAAGUUCCCGAUGGUAUUUUUAGGUCAUCUCUGGACAAUUUUGUAUGUCAGAUCUUAUGGGAAAAUAUGCUGAAAGAUGGUCGAGGGAAUACUUCAGAAAUAAUCAGAAUGAAGGGCGUAAUCAGAUUCGCCGACGGUUCAAUUGCUAUGAUACAAAGUGUCUACGACAUGUACGAGUUUCAGGAGUUAUCCAACAGUCUAUCCGAAGUACCACCGGGCAGUAGAAUUAUUCUUAUAGGAACAUUUUUGGACAAAGCCGAAUUAAGCUGCUUACUUACUAAAUGUAUAGAUUCUGAAAAUGAAUCACUAUCCUGCAAAUAAGUUGUAAAUAAAAUUCGUGAACAAUUCUAAUCGGUGGUCGUAAUUUUCA